GUCGUCAUCGGUGAGAAUGCUACUGAUUCUACAACAGCUAUAACUUGUCAUGAUAGUUACAGUAGUAAUGUGCAGUGUUACCGACUCUGAAAACCGCCCCUAUACCCUUUCUUUCCCUUUACCCCCGACUCUCUCACCAGACCCCUAAUCAACCGCCGAUACAAUGUCCCACUCAUACAAAAGCCAAUACCCCUUUGGCGUCGAGGUUGAGUCCUCCAUUGUCGAGUUCUUCGAGAGGUUCUACCGUGUCUCAGACACGCCAGGUGCUCACGAUGAAUAUGUUGAUAUGUUCACCAAUGAUGCAACCUUUAUCCUGGCAUCCAAAUCAAGUCGAGGCCGCGAAGAUAUCCUUAGCAUGAGACACGGCAUGUGGUCUUCGAUAUCUUCCCGUAAGCACACUGUGCCGAAGAUCUUCCCCUUUGGCUCGUCCUCCCGCGAGUUUAUGCUAUACGGCUCGGUCAAGUUUGACUUCAAGGACGGGAAGGAGGGUGAAGUGGACUGGGCGGCCCGAGCCGAGUUGUCGUCCCAGGACGGGGUUUGGAGAAUGAGCUUCUACCAGGUCUAUCUGGAUACCGGAGCCAAUAUUUACGGCAAGAAAUAAGAGUAUCUCCCAGGUCAGAGUAGGAGAUUCAUGGCGCAAGGGAGCAUCUACGUGUACUGUUUCAAUCAAUAAUGCACCUUUAAUUUUGUAUAAUCGUUGUCGUUAUCCUUCUUCCGAACUCGGUUACGAGUGCCCCG